AUGAAAAUGUAGAAAGGGUAAAACUCUGAAAAAAUGCAGAGAAGAAGAAACAACAUGGAUGAUGUCUAAGAAUAUGUGGACAUCGUACGAGGUAAAGUCAGAACAGAUAUCACAGAUUCAACGUCACGAGAAUACAAUCAUAUAGCCGGAUAAAGAUUCAAUAAUGGACUCAGAAGACCGAAUAGAAAGGAUUGUUGAUAUCUACGUCAGUGCAGAGGCUGUAAGAGACAUGAAACAUAAGAAAGAGACAGAAGACUUCAACACAGAAGAACCCCGAACACCUCGACACACAGAAGACUUCAACACAGAAGAACCCCGAACACCUCGACACACAGAAGACUUCAACACAGAAGAACCCCAAACACCUCGACACACAGAAGACUUCAACACAGAAGAACCCCGAACACCUCGACACACAGAAGACUUCAACACAGAAGAACCCCAAACACCUCGACACACAGGAAGUGACGGUGUGACGAUCUCCAGAGCAGCUGGUGUGUGUUUGGGGCUGAUGUGUGUUCUUCUGAUGACUGCAGUCAUAGUGUUGUGUGUCACCUUCAUUCAAGAGAGACAACAGCUGAAGACUAAGAUCACCAACCUCACUCAAGAGAGAGACCAGCUACUAACCAACAAUAUGAGCCUCACUCAAGAGAGAGUCCAGCUGAAGACUAAGAUCACCAACCUACUAACCAACAGUAUGAGCCUCACAGAAGAGAGAGACCAGUUAAAAUCAGAAAGAAAUGAUCUUCAGAAGAAGUUUGCGGAUGGAUGGAAGUGUCAUCAAUCCAGUCUUUAUUUAUUUUCCACUGAGACGAAGAACUGGAAUGAGAGCAGAAGAUACUGUAGAGAGAGAGAAGCAGAUCUGAUCACCAUCAACAACAGAGAGGAACAAGAUUUUGUGAAGAAUAUUUGUGGUUCUGAACAUUUCUGGAUUGGUUUGACUGAUAUUGAAGAGGAGGGCAGAUGGAAAUGGGUUGAUGGCAGCAACAUCAACAUCACCUCUGGGUUCUGGGCGCGUGGAGAACCAAACGACUAUCAGGGAAACGAAGACUGUGCUAACACUCAUUCAUCAGGAUGGUUUGAUACUAAAUGUGAUAAUAGUGUUAAAUGGAUCUGUGAGAAGAGUAUCCUUAAAUAAAUGAUACAUUAUAUUAAAAAUGUACAUAUAUGCAUCAUGAACGUAUAAACAUGUCAGUAAUUUUACCUGUUUAUUUUUUUGAAUGGCACAUUAAUUAGGUUAUUCUGUAAAAACAAAUAAAAAAUAAAUAGAAAAAACAUUGUAAUAUUACAAUGUACAUAUAAAACUUUUAAAAUCAUUUUGUUUUGAAUUUUUAGAUCUGAACUAAAAUCUGAAUGUGAAAAACAACAGCGAUGUUUCUACAGACUGAAAUAAAAUCAGUAAUACUCUGAUAUAAUAGAAAUAUUCAGAAAAACAGCAUUGAUCCAAUAUUGUUAACCAAAAUGAUCAUGAUUUUAGGAGUAUUACUCAGUACAUCAGUAAAGUUUGAUUUGAAAUGUGACUCUUGCAGCUUUUUUGUAAUUACAGUAUGACAAUAAACAUGAUUUACUUGUUUUCAAAAA